UCAAUCAGAUUUGGAAAUGUGGAUAUGCCCUGCGUGCAAGCCCAGUAUAGCCCUUCGCCUCCAGGGUCCAGUUAUGCAGCGCAGACCUACAGCGCCGAGUACGCCUCGGAGAUCAUGAACCCGGACUACGCCAAGCUGACCAUGGACCUGGGCGGCACCGAGAUCACCGCCAGGGCCACCACGUCGCUGCCCAGCUUCAGCACCUUCGUGGAGGGCUACUCGGGCAACUACGAAUUCAAGUCCUCCUGCCAGUACCAGAUGCAGCCCCCGGGGCCGCGGCCCUUGAUCAAGGUGGAGGAGGGCCACGCGCACGGCUAUCACAGGACAGCCGCGCUGGCCUUCCCGCUCGGCCCCACGGGCUCGCCCGCUGCGUGCAGCCUGCUGGGCGAGAGCCCCAGCCUGCCGUCGCCGCCCAUCAGGAGCUCGUCCUCGGGCGAGGGCACGUGCGCCGUGUGCGGGGACAACGCCGCCUGCCAGCACUACGGCGUCCGCACCUGCGAGGGCUGCAAGGGCUUCUUCAAGAGAACGGUGCAGAAAAAUGCAAAAUAUGUUUGCCUGGCAAAUAAAAACUGCCCUGUAGACAAGAGACGUCGAAACCGAUGUCAGUACUGUCGAUUUCAGAAGUGUCUCAGUGUCGGAAUGGUUAAAGAAGUUGUCCGUACAGAUAGUCUGAAGGGGAGGAGAGGUCGGCUGCCUUCAAAACCAAAGAGCCCAUUACAGCAGGAACCUUCUCAGCCCUCUCCACCUUCUCCUCCGAUCUGUAUGAUGAAUGCCCUUGUCCGAGCUUUAACAGACUCAACGCCCAGAGAUCUCGAUUAUUCCAGAUACUGCUCCGCGGACCAGGCCGCUGCAGGCACGGACGCCGAGCACGUUCAACAGUUCUACAGCCUCCUGACAGCCUCCAUCGACGUAUCCAGAAGCUGGGCAGAAAAGAUCCCUGGAUUUACUGAUCUUCCCAAAGAAGAUCAGACGUUACUUAUAGAAUCAGCCUUUUUGGAGCUGUUUGUUCUCAGACUUUCCAUCAGGUCAAACACUGCUGAAGAUAAGUUUGUGUUCUGCAAUGGACUUGUCCUGCACCGACUUCAGUGCCUUCGUGGAUUUGGGGAGUGGCUCGACUCCAUUAAAGACUUUUCCUUAAGUUUGCAGAGCCUGAACCUUGAUAUCCAAGCCUUAGCAUGCCUGUCAGCACUGAGCAUGAUCACAGAACGACAUGGGUUAAAAGAACCAAAGAGAGUGGAGGAGCUAUGCAACAAGAUCACAAGCAGCUUAAAAGACCACCAGAGUAAGGGACAGGCUCUGGAGCCCACCGAGCCCAAGGUCCUGAGUGCCCUGGUAGAACUGCGGAAGAUCUGCACCCUGGGCCUCCAGCGCAUCUUCUACCUGAAGCUGGAAGACUUGGUGUCUCCACCGUCCAUCAUCGACAGGCUCUUCCUGGACACCCUGCCUUUCUGAGUAGGAGCAGCCUGAGCGGGGAGCCGCCUCAUCUGCUAGCACCAGCUUUCUAAGCUGCAGAUGGGCCUGGACACCUACCAUUCCUGUCCUUCCUUAAGAGAGAAAGCAGCUCCUGACAAAAAGAAAGACUUUCUUUUUCUGGCAC